UAUUCUCAGACACCAGCCCCUGAACUACCGCAGGGGCACUUGAAGCCAGGUGGUCGCCAUCUUUUCUGAAGGCGCCUUCCGGGCCCUUUAACGGGGGGUCUCACUCCUAACGGCCAUGAAAAUAUCAAGGGAUUUUAUUUGUCCCCAUCAGCUCUCCCGCGUCCCUAGCUGCCAGUCCUGGACUUGGGUUCGCCUCGCCGGCAGCGUUCCGUUACCGAGGCUGGGCGGAGCCUGGGCCCGGGCCGCCCUUCCCGAGGACGGCGACAGCUGAGGCCGGGAGCAGGGGGCGGUGGUCCCGGGGCCCAGGCGGCCUCUGCCGGGGGCCCGGAGCCCCGAUGGCGCCGCCUCCGGCCCCGCUGCUGGUUCUGGGACCCGGGGAGCUGCCGCCGGCUUGCAGGAAGCCCGGGGCCGUGAGCUUCGCGGAUGUGGCCGUGUACUUCUCCCCCGAGGAGUGGGGGUGUCUGCGCCCCGCACAGAGGGCCCUGUACCGGGACGUGAUGCGGGAGACCUACGGCCACCUGGGCGCGCUCGGACUCCCUGGCCCCAAACCAGCUCUCAUUUCUUGGAUGGAAGGGGAGAGUGAGGCUUGGAACCCCGCCGCUCAGGAUCCUGAGGAGGGGGAAAACCUGGGAGGAGCUCUGCGAGGCGAUGCUCCAAACCAGAAGGAAGGGGAACCCAAGGGAAGGCCAGAAGCCGUGGGACCUGGGAAGGAGAAGCCCAAACCGCUGGUUAAACACAAACGUGACUCUGCUGUCAGCAAGACCUCAGCCAGAGCACAGCGUAGGAAAGAAGUCCGGGACCAGGUCUCCACUGCGCAACCCCCUGUGGCAGUGCCCGGGGUGGAUGCCCAGGCCUGCCAGCGGCGCCAUGUGUGUACUGACUGUGGCCGCCGCUUCACCUACCCUUCGUUGCUGGUCAGCCACCGGCGCAUGCACUCUGGCGAGCGGCCUUUCCCCUGCCCCGAGUGCGGCAUGCGCUUCAAGAGAAAGUUCGCCGUGGAGGCACACCAGUGGAUCCACCGCUCCUGCUCCGGGGGCCGGCGGGGUCGUAGGCCUGGAAUCCGGGCUGUGCCUCGGGCCCCCGUGCGUGGAGACCGGGAUCCACCUGUGCUCUUCCGACACUAUCCGGACAUCUUCGAGGAGUGCAGCUGAGCCUGAGGCAGGUUGGAGCCAAAGCCUGGCUUUGGCACCUAAGACUCACUGAGCCCAGAGGGGUGGCUCCCAGAGACAGGGACUUGGGAACUCAAGUUCAUUCUUUGGGGGAUCCCUCAGGGAUCCCUCAAGUUUCCAUAUUGUAAAAAGAAAAGUGCCUGUAAAGAUUCCAAUAGAUUAAACUUGACAUCCCCUCCCCUCCCCUAGUCUUUUGCUCUACACACACACAUCCCCACCCCACCCCCCCACACCAAACCAACCCAGUACAAUGGUGCACACUUAGGAUCCUAUCCCAGCACUGAGGCAGAGGAUCACCAGUUCCAGGCCAGGCUAGCUAGCUUACAUAGUGAAGACUCUGUCCCGCCCCCCCCCCCAAA